AUGACAGACACCAGCGUUGUCGAGAAGGGAGUUCACGUCCACCACUCACCGGUAUCUCCGACAAGCUUGAUAUCCGAGCAUGGCUUUGAUCGCGCUGCAGAGAGGCGACUUAUUCGGAAGCUUGACUUUCGCAUCUUACCAGUACUGUGGAUUCUUUACUUGGUGAACUUUAUCGACCGAGCGAACAUAGGCAACGCGAAGAUCCAGGGCAUGGAGACAGAACUGAACCUCAUCGGCCAGAGGUUCAAUAUCGCUGUAUGGGUUUUUAACCUGGGUUACCUCGUCGCUGGCAUCCCGUUGCAAAUCGCCUUCAAGAAAUAUGGGCCUAAGAGUCUUUGCGUAAUGAUGUUCUGCUGGGGUAUCACGGUGAUUGGUUGCGGACUUGUAAAGCGAUGGGAAGAACUCGUCGUCUGUCGUUUGCUGGAAGGCAUCGCUGAGUCGGCCUACAUUUCGGGAGCAGCGUAUUUGAUCGGCGCAUACUACUCGAAGCGCGAGUACUUGACCCGCUACGUGUUCUUCUGCACAGCUGGUAUCGUCGCAGGCGCCAUCAACGGUUUCGUCUCGUCGCUCAUUGCUAGGAUGGAUGGUACCGCCGGGUAUGGAGCCUGGAGGUGGAUUUUUAUCAUAGAAGGUUGCUUGACUAUCGCCGUCAGCAUGGCCUGCUGGCCCGUCGUCCCCCCGUUUCCCGAGCACUGCAAGUUCUUGUCUCCCGAUGAGAAGGCGCUCAUGCUUGCGCGCAUCCAGGCUGAUGGAGGUCAUGUAGUCGACGACGACAUAUCAUUCAAGAAGGCGCUACAUUUCCUCAAGGACUGGAAGAUCUGGACCGGCGUUUUGAUGAACAUCGGCGUCACUGAGAAUGCGAACUCUCUCGCCAACUUCCAACCGACCAUCCUCAAGGGCCUUGGCUACACCGCAACACAAGCGCAGGUCCACACAAUCCCGGUAUACCUUGUAGGCGCUGCCUUCUCCGUCAUCUUCGCCUACAUGAGCGAGUGGCUGCAACGCAGAUACAUGUUCUACGUCUUUGGCUGGGCAGUCCUCGCAACAGGUCUCGUCGUGGAGAUUGCGCACCCGUCUGACCCUAGAAUCCGUUAUAUGGGUAUAUUCUUCAUCGCGUCUGGAUGCUAUCUCGCAAUGCCCAUCUCCAUCAUUUGGGUCUCAAUGAACUGCGGCUCUGGGUACAAACGCGCAGUGGCUAUUGCUGCGAUUAUCAACUUUGGUACUGCGGGUGCCUUCAUUAGCUCGAAUGUCUUCCUGUUCAAAGAGGCGCCCGUGUUUCGCACUGGGUUCAGUACGGGCCUCGGUCUGGCUUGUAUCGGUGUCAUAGCUGCGACGGUGACCUUUUUUGGUUGUAAGAGAGAGAACAAGAAGCGCGACGAGGCGAGGAUGCAGAUGCCGGAGGUUCUGGACCAGAGUAUGAAGGCGUUGGGUGACGAUCAUCCUGAUUACCGAUUCGCAUUGUAAGACGAGCGUGAUGGCUUGCCAAGACAGGGUAGCGAUGCGCAACGGUUUAAAUGGGU